UUACAAACAUAUGUCAGAGAGAAGAUUAGGGCAAUGAUUUCUCCCUGUGGCGGGACAUUCAGCGUGCGGAAACAGGAAGUAAAGUGUUAAGCGAAGCACGUUAGAAGCUCAAUGUAAAUACUACGUCUGUAAGAGAAAUGACACCACAGAGACAGGGUCGAUUGGUAUCAGUGAUUUUGGCAGUGUUUGUAGUGGUGGCGUUGGUGGAAUGUAAAAGGAAAGAAAUUAUUGUGAUCGGCGGAGGCAUUGCAGGACUUGCAGCUGCUCGGGCUAUCAGGAACAAUAGGACAGCUGACUACCAUGUGACCGUGUUUGAGGCCAGGAGGGAACGAUAUGGUGGGCGUGUGUGGACAGACAAGAAAAACAUGCCCCAUGCCACAGGUGUGGAGGCAGACCUCGGAGGCGCGGUGCUGAACUCCGCAGCCAGCAACAACCUGUUACUCAAUCUCACGGAGAAGCUGGACCUACAAACCACUAAACUGGGACCAAUGCAAUUGUUUGUGACCAAACUUAACAAGAGAUUUUCAGGAACUGAAUUGGUUGAAGCUUUCAUUGAAGCCAGAAAACGGUAUCUGCAAGCAAUAGAGAGUGUGAAGGGAGAAGACCGAUCAGUGCGGAGUGUGGUCUCACAGGCUAUUGAUGAGCUGAGGAGUCUGGGGCAGGACAAUAAGGAGGUUGUCAUCAGCAUCAUGGAACUCCUGCCCACUUACAACUUCCCCGACUUCUCCUCCGCCCUGUAUCAGACAGAUCUCAUUGACUUCGGCUUCGACACAUUUGUCCUGGAUGGUAUGGGGGAGUUGACAGACAGACUGUUGAGUGGUGGAGAUGGAGAGACACAUCUGUCUAUAGAGCUGCGAACUGUUGUGAGACAGAUCAAGGUCGAUGACCGCAAGAAGAAGGUGAUCGUCAGGCUGCGUGAUGGCAGCCAAGUCAGUGCAGAUGCUGUGGUGGUUGCCGUGCCAGCUGCAGUCAUUAGAGACGAGAGCCUGAUGUUUGAGCCCAUGCUGCCUGGGCUGUACAAGAAAGCACUGAAGGAAAUAGGGACAUCCUAUGGCAACAAGCUGAUUGUUGAGUUUGACGAGGUGUUCUGGCCCACUGAUGUGGGAGUGUUUCUGUUGGCUGACGAGGAAGCUGAGCCUGGGAUGAUGCAGAAAUGGUUGAACAUGCACAAACUCGUAGGUCGACCCGUCCUCGUCAGUAUGCUUGGCGGAUCUGCUUCAGUCAAGUUUGAAAAUAUGACGGAUGAAGAAGUGAAAGCUCUGGUCCGUGAACGCCUUACAACAUUGUUUGGUCCAAUGGCUGAGUCAAGGGAGAUAGUAAAGGUUCUGCGAUCUAGUUGGAAAAGCACAUUGCAUUCUGGGCUUGGCAACUCAUACCCUAAAGUUGGCAAUGACAUCAGCAUGUGGAGCACGCUGUCCGAGCCGCUGUGCCCCUAUAUCUACUUUGCCGGGGAGCACACCAUAUUCAAAGGAAUCGGGACACUACACGGCGCCUACAACUCGGGCAUCAGGGCUGCUGAUCAGAUAAUGUCUGAACUCUGUGAGCAGCGAGCGAGAGAAGAGGAACAGAGAAGGCAGGAAGAAGAAAGGAAGAGAAAAGAAAAGGAAGAAAAGAAAAAAGAGAAAAAGAAAGAAAAAACUAAAAAGUCAGAGAAGAAUAAGAAGAAAGACGAGUUGUAACUGGUGGGAACUAAGAUGUUAUUUUGUCAACAACUUUAUACAAGUAAUGAAUGAAUGAAUGAGUGGUGAACUGGCCACAUAGCCAAGACAAAUAAUUAUGAUCAUAUAUUCAUUUUAUGUAGACGACUGAUGCAGGUGAUGUCUGAUGAUGAUGAUGAUGAUGAUGAUAAUGAUGAUGAUGAUGAUAAAUGAUGAUGAUAAAUGAUGAUGAUGAUGAUGAUGAUGAUGAUAAUGAUGAUAAAU